UGAAGAUGCAAAAGGAUGAUGAAGAUCUUGAACAAAUACUUCUUCGCUCUCGUUGUCAUAAAGGGCGUUUGCUUUAUUACUUCCCUGCACAACUGAGUAAUCAUGAAGAAAAUGGUGAAUACAUGUCAUCUUGGUGUGGAUGGCAUACUGACCAUGGCUCAUUGACAGGUCUGACAUGUGGCAUGUUUAAGAGAAAUGGUGUACAAAUAUCUUGUCCUGAUAGUGCAGCUGGCCUUUAUAUAAGAACACGGAGUGGUGAAAUCGUCAAAGCUAUUUUUGGAGAAGAUGAAAUAGCAUACCAAAUUGGCGAGACCACUGAAAUACUUUCUCAAGGUUAUCUCUGCGCAACACCCCAUUGUGUUCUGGCAGCAAAAGGGAAGGAGUCUUCUGGCAUUGAUCGAUCAACAUUUGCUUUAUUUAUGCAACCUGAUUGGGAUGAAAAACUCAAUUUUCCAGAGGACGUUCAUAUUCACAAAGAGCUGAUACCACCAAAUGGAAGUCUUACUUUUGGAGAGUAUUCUGAGAUGCUCCUUGACAAAUAUUACCACAAGAAGACAUGAAAAUUUUAUCCCAUAACGCCUAUAGGUACACCACAAAUACAAUAA